AUGGCGGACAACUCUCGAACUUCUAGCACCGAGGGUCUCUCGGGGCGAAAAAUUGUAUAUGACGAGGACGGGAAACCAUGCCGAUCUUGCAACACUUUAUUGGACUUCCAGCUUGCGACAGGCAAGAUUGGCACUACCAGCAACAAGAACACUGGGCUAACAAUUGAUAAAACCGAAUCCUAUGCGAAAAUUGAUCCGCCUGAUGUGGAGGUCCUAGGGAAAUCAAGCUGGACGCUGCUGCAUGCAAUAGCAGCAUCCUAUCCGAAAAAGCCUAGUGAUUUUCAAAAAGGAGAGAUGAAGCAGUUUAUGACCAUUUUCUCGCAUGUUUAUCCAUGUUGGUGGUGCGCUAAAGACUUCGAAAAGUUCAUCCGGGAAAACGCCCCAAAGGUUGACUCCAGAGAUGAGCUCGGCAAGUGGAUGUGUGAUGCUCACAACGAUGUCAACAGAAAAUUAGGAAAACCUAUUUUUGAUUGUAAUUUGUGGGAAAAGCGUUGGGUUGACGGCUGGGAAUGA